AUGGCCGAGGGGUUGGUCAAUCUCCCUGCUGGGCAGGACGACAUGAACGCCUAUCUCACCUAUAAGGGUGUCAGAGCCAAGUUCAAAGACCAGAAACCACCAGCCUGCGAGAAGGACUGCUGGAACAAGACGUCAUCAUCUUCAGCUGACGAGACCGGCAUCGUGGACAAGUUCCAUGAUAUCUGGAAUUGUGGCCAAAGUUGGGAAUAUGAAGAUUAA